UUCUUUCUUUCUUUCUUUUUUUUUUCCUUUCCAAACUAUGUGCUGCUGAAAAACCAAAAACAAAACCAAACAGCAGCUGCGGACUUGUCCCCGGCUGGAGCCCAGCGCCCCGCCUGGAGUGGAUGAGCCUCUCCAUGAGAGAUCCGGUCAUUCCUGGGACAAGCAUGGCCUACCAUCCGUUCCUACCUCACCGGGCGCCGGACUUCGCCAUGAGCGCGGUGCUGGGUCACCAGCCGCCCUUCUUCCCCGCGCUGACGCUGCCUCCCAACGGCGCGGCGGCGCUCUCUCUGCCGGGCGCCCUGGCCAAGCCGAUCAUGGAUCAAUUGGUGGGGGCGGCCGAGACCGGCAUCCCUUUCUCGUCCCUGGGGCCCCAGGCGCAUCUGAGGCCUCUGAAGACCAUGGAGCCCGAAGAAGAGGUGGAGGAUGACCCCAAGGUGCACCUCGAGGCCAAAGAACUUUGGGAUCAGUUCCACAAGCGGGGCACCGAGAUGGUCAUUACCAAGUCGGGAAGGCGAAUGUUUCCUCCAUUUAAAGUAAGAUGUUCUGGGCUGGAUAAAAAAGCCAAGUAUAUCUUGUUGAUGGACAUUAUAGCUGCUGAUGACUGUCGAUAUAAAUUUCAUAAUUCUCGGUGGAUGGUGGCGGGUAAGGCUGACCCUGAAAUGCCAAAGAGAAUGUACAUUCACCCAGACAGCCCUGCUACCGGGGAACAGUGGAUGUCCAAAGUUGUCACUUUCCACAAACUGAAACUCACCAACAACAUUUCGGACAAACACGGAUUUACUUUGGCCUUCCCAAGUGAUCACGCAACGUGGCAGGGGAAUUAUAGUUUUGGUACUCAGACAAUAUUGAACUCCAUGCACAAAUACCAGCCUCGGUUCCACAUUGUGAGAGCCAAUGACAUCUUGAAACUUCCCUAUAGUACAUUUCGGACUUACUUGUUCCCCGAAACCGAAUUCAUCGCUGUGACGGCAUACCAGAACGAUAAGAUAACUCAGCUAAAAAUAGACAACAACCCUUUUGCAAAAGGUUUCCGGGACACUGGAAAUGGCAGGAGAGAAAAAAGAAAACAGCUCACCCUGCAGUCCAUGAGGGUGUUUGAUGACAGACACAAAAAGGAGAAUGGCACCUCAGAUGAGUCCUCCAGCGAACAGGCAGCCUUCAACUGCUUUGCUCAGUCCUCGUCUCCAGCUGUGUCCACUGUAGGGACGUCGAACCUCAAAGAUCUGUGUCCCAGCGAGGGUGAGAGCGACGCCGAGGCCGACAGCAAAGAGGAGCACGGCCCCGAGGCCUGCGACGCGGCCAAGAUCUCCACCACCACGUCGGAGGAGCCGUGCCGGGACAAGGGCAGCCCCGCGGUCAAGGCGCACCUCUUCGCCGCCGAGCCCGGCGGCCGGCCCCGGGAGAGCGGGCGGCUGGACAAGGCGUCGCCCGACUCGCGCCACAGCCCGGCCACCAUCUCGUCCAGCACCCGCGGCCUGGGCGCGGAGGAGCGCCGGAGCCCGGGCCGCGAGGGCGCGGCCACGUCCAAGGUCGAGGAGGGGCGCGCGCUGCCGGGCAAGGAGGCCUUCGCGCCACUCACCGUGCAGACGGACGCGGCCGCCGCCGCCGCGCACCUGGGCCAGGGCCCCCUGCCGGGCCUCGGCUUCGCCCCCGGCCUGGCCGGCCAGCAGUUCUUCAACGGGCACCCGCUCUUCCUGCACCCCGGCCAGUUCGCCAUGGGGGGCGCCUUCUCCAGCAUGGCGGCGGGCAUGGGGCCCCUGCUGGCCACCGUGUCCGGGGCCUCCACCGGCGUCUCGGGCCUGGAUUCCACGGCCAUGGCUUCGGCCGCCGCGGCGCAGGGACUCUCGGGGGCGUCGGCGGCCACCCUGCCUUUCCACCUCCAGCAGCACGUCCUGGCCUCUCAGGGCCUGGCCAUGUCGCCCUUCGGAAGCCUGUUCCCUUACCCCUACACGUACAUGGCCGCGGCGGCGGCGGCGUCUUCGGCCGCGGCCUCCAGCUCCGUGCACCGCCACCCCUUCCUCAACCUGAACAGCAUGCGCCCGCGGCUGCGCUACAGCCCGUACUCCAUCCCCAUGCCGGUCCCGGACAGCGGCAGCCUGCUCACCACCGCGCUGCCGUCCAUGGCGGCGGCCGCGGGGCCCCUGGACGGCAAAGCCGCCGCGCUGGCCGCCAGCCCGGCCUCGGUGGCCGUGGACUCAGGCUCGGAACUCAACAGCCGCUCCUCCACGCUCUCCUCCAGCUCUGUGUCCUUGUCGCCCAAACUCUGCCCGGAGAAGGAGGCGGCCACCAGCGAACUGCAGAGCAUCCAGCGGUUGGUCAGCGGCCUGGAAGCCAAGCCGGACAGGUCCCGCAGCGGGUCCCCAUAAACCCCUCCCUAGAAAAAAAAUCUCUUCAUUCCAGUCCAGUCCAGUCCAGUCUGCAGUGCACUUUGUUGGAUGUAAAAUAAACCACGGGCGUGCGGUGGGGUUGGCCCUUUGUGCAGUCCUGUCUGGGAAGGGGUGCCGGACUCCCUCUAGAGAAUAUGCUAGAAACAGGUCCUGUCUUCUUGGCGUGGUUUAUGUAUCCGGGAUCUGGCUCAGAUUCUGGGGCUCAGAAAUGGCUGUUGCAUUGAGCUAUUGGGGUGGGAGUGAAAACAUUUAUGGCCAGAGCACCUCCAGCCAGGCUGGUCUGGGAGCUGUGGGAAGAAAAAGGUAGCCAGGCCCACCAGGAGGGGAGGUGUUGAAAGGCUUCUCCCCCAGUGCAGAUUUAUAUAUUUUUUCCUUCACCGUGUCAAGUAGAAACAAAAACAAAAUUAAAAAAAAAAAAUACUGGGGACAAAUGAAUACAUUAACAUGAUUCUGUUUGUGAAGAUUAAAAACUUUAUAGUGACUUGCAUAUCAGUUCUAAAUAAAUUACUGAGCAGCAUUGUUUGGGGAGGGAAGUCCUUGCCAUCCUUGUUUGGUCUCUAUUAAGGAAAUCUGUGUCUUUUUAAUAUUCUUGUGAUGUUUUAAGAGCCGCUAUAGGUCUCUUCUUGCAUGUUCCACAGUAAUGUAUUUGUGGUUUUUAUUUUGAAUGCUUGCUUUUAGAGAGAAAAGAACAUGACCCCACACCUUUCUACCCCCCCUUCUCUACCCUCCAGUCGGCAACCCCAAGGGGGAGGUUUUAGAGGGAAGGGGUGGGGAAAACACAAAAAAUGAAUUUAUUUUAUCUAAGCUCUGUAGCAGGAUUUAUGUCCUCCUUUGGCAGUUCUCUCUCUUUCCUGUAUAUGCAAUAACAAGGUUUUAAGAAAAAUAAUAAAGAAGAAGCAAGACUAUUAGACAAAGUAUUUAUGUAAUUAUUUGAUAACUCUUGUAAAUAGGUGGAAUAUGAAUGCUUGGAAAAUUAAACUUUAAUUUAUUGACGUUGUACAUAGCUCUAUGUAAAUAGGGUCGCAGCUAUCAGGUUUUGUGUUAUUGUUUUCCUUUCAUCAAUUUUAUUUCAAGGUCACAGGAUCGCUUUUAAAACUAGAAAACACACUUUCUGCACCGACACCAACACACUUUCAAAAGAGUUGUCUGCAAAAAAAAAAAAAAAAAAUUCUUUUUUUAGUGUCCAAGAGUGGGGCAAAGUGCCAUUGCCUAUUAAACCCCAAACUGGGGAGGUGGUGCCACAUCCCAGCUCACCUUAAAUUCCUUAAAAUAUAACACCCCAAGUGUGGU